GAGAGGGGGAGGAAAAUAGGAGCCAUCAGCCCCAUCUAUCUGACUCUCAUACUAUUGGAUGUUAUUAUUUUUUGGGGGGGAUCUCUUUAUUUCCUUCAUCUUGUAUUUUUCGCUUGUUUGUUUGUGGUCAGCUUUUUUUCUAUCCUGGAGACUUCUCCCACCGCCGCGACUCGACUCUGUUUCUAUUGCUUCUAAUCCUCUCUCUUCACUCAUUGCAUGGGACUACAGACAUCCGCGUUUAUUUCUGUUUUCGUUUGUUUUUUUUUUACUCUUCCCGACUAAAUAAAUUCCCCGAGCGAUCAGCCAACCGACCAAACAACCGACCGACGGACCGGACUGGACCGGACCCGACCGAGAGCCGCCGUUUUAUCUCCACAAACUCAAAGGGUACUUCACUCCUGCGCCUCCGGGAUUGAAUCUGUCUUCCUGUGUGCGUUUAUUAGUGCGGAGCUGAGUUUGUUUGAAGAGGAAAAAGGUGACAGCAACUCCUGGAGGCUCAGCCAGUCUGAGAGGAUGAAUUAGGCUCGGUCAACAUGGUGCCAUUUUGGAGAUAAAUCCCCGUCUUAUAUUUCGCUUCUUUACUCACACUUCUUCAUGGGACGGGCGGAAAAGCGGGAUAUCAGGUGGAGAUCUUGAGCGCGCAAACGCGUCACCUGUCCGCGCACCUUUUGACGGCGCGCCUGUCAAUUAGUAGACUAUCACUAGGCUAAUUGGAUUAUUUUGAUCUUGAACUUACAGCCUGCAGGUUGCUGUACUCCGCCUCCUCCCCCCCGUGCCUCCCCUCACCUCCCCCUUCCUCCCCUAGAAGUUAUGUCAAGGCCUCUCUCUCAGCUCUUACCGCCGGAUCUCCCUGCCGGGGCCACCAGCCCUCAGUUUGGGGCCAGCAACCCGGCUGGAAGUGGCCCCCAAGGUGGACACCUGACCUCCAUGACCAACCUGAAGUCCCUGCUCCAGCUGCCAAUCAAGACCGACCAGAGAGGCACCAAGGACUGCUGCGAGAUGAAAGACAAAGACAAGCCUUUGGACUCUGAUGAAGACUCGUUGGGUGUUAAUGCCGGAGGGCCUAAUGGGGUGGGAGGAGCCCCGGGCUCUGGCGCCGUGCGGCCCAACUCCCAGUCGGCCUUCCUGGGCCCGCUGCUGUGGGAAAGGACCUUGCCGUGUGAUGGAGGCCUGUUCCAGCUGCAGUACAUGGACCUGGAGGAGUUCCUGACCGAGAAUGGGAUGGGGAUGCACAGCAACGGGCCCAGCUCCACCAGCGCCCAGAUCCCCUCCCAGAGUUCCCAGUCAGCGGUGCCCAACCAGAGCUCUCAGUGCCCUCCCACCUCUCCUCCACCUUGCUCCUCCUCUUCCUCUUCCAUGUCCUCUUCAUCCUCCUCUUCCUCACUGCUGGGACUGGAGACCGUCCAGCCACAGCCGCCACCACCACCACCUCAACAGCAGCAAAGCAUGAUGGGAGGACCCGAGUGUCUACAUGGUGGGCAGUCGAUGCCUCAGGACCCAUCACCCUCUUCUACCUGCCCUCCAGGACCCACUGGACCUCCAGCGGUGGCCAACGGCAGCAGCGACAUCAUGGUGAACUUUGACCCCGACCCGGCGGACUUGGCGCUGUCCAGCGUGCCGGGCCAGGAGGCGUUUGACCCACGGCGGCACCGCUUCACCGAGGAGGAGCUGAAACCUCAGCCGAUGAUCAAGAAGGCCCGCAAGAUGCUGGUCCCCGAUGAGCAGAAGGACGAGAAGUACUGGAACCGGCGCGUCAAGAACAACGAGGCGGCAAAACGCUCGAGGGACGCUCGGCGGCUGAAGGAGAACCAGAUCUCGGUGCGCGCCGCCUUCCUGGAGCGGGAGAACGCAGCCCUUCGCCAGGAGGUGGCCGACAUGAGGAAAGAGCUGGGCCGCUGCAGGAACAUCAUCAACAAGUAUGAGAGCAGGCACGGAGACUUGUGAGGUGGGGGAGGAAGAAGAAGAAGUCAAAGGAGGAAGGUGCGAGAGGGGAACGGGAGAUGAGAAAAGGGUACAAGGCAACCCAACAACGGCAGCACUUUAGUUGAAGUGGCGAGGGGGAAGGCCGGCGUAGAUCUGCAGUAAGCACCGUGCGACAUCGGGCGCAAACACGAAAAAUGUGUUUUAGUGUGUGUGCGCUGUGCUUCAGGAUGUCACGACAGGAAAGCACAGCGACACCACUUUUACCCCCCCACCCCACCCCCAGUUUGACUCUUCGUACUUGCUGCUUCGCUGAAUCCACACAACGUACUGUAUCACCACCGUGUGUCACCUGGGCAGCUUACGUCACCCUCGGUGCUGUGCUUGCGCCCGGUGUUGCACAGCGUUUUUGCAGGUAGUGCGUCCCAGUGCUGCUCCGGCCAGUUCAAACAGGGUGUUGACUUCACGUUACGCUAGUGAAAUCUCACUUUUUAAGCUCAAGGCAUGGACACAAGCCAGGAGAGGUCUGAUGUGUAAUUCUUUUCUAUAAAUAGGACAAAAAAACAUGUAUAUUUUUGAACUGGGCAGGAAGGCAAGACUAGUCCAGCAAAGAGGAGGAGGUGGAGGUGGAGGAGGAGGAGGAGGAGGUGGUGCAGGGUUUUCGUCCAUAACGCAAAGAGAUUUUGACAUAGGAUUAUUGUAUAUUUUUCUAUUAGCAGAGAUAGUCAGGAGGAGGAUUUUGGAGAUAAUCUUUUGUAUAUUUUAUAUAUGGGGCGGGUAGGGGCUGUUAGCUGGACAGUCACGGGGCCAGACAAAGCUCUUUUCCUCCCAGCUGUUUAUUGCUAAACAACAAAUAAUCUAUUUUCGAUUUCACGGAGCAGGUUAGUUGGAGGCGCAGGCAUAACAGAGAAUGUAUCAUGGUUGAAUCAGGUAUUUCACAUGGUGUGAGACGAGGUGAGGUAUCUUAGUAACGAUUGUUUUUGGUGUAGGGGGUCAUUGGAGGAAGACGGUGAAACAAAAAAAUUGUAUAGUUUUAAGAAAUAUUUGUGUUCGUUUGUUUUCUUUGUGGGCUCGUUCAAGCAUUUGAUUUGUUAUCUUCUAUUUGAUUCCGUGUCUGAUUUUGAAAUAAUCGCAGGGCUUUUAUUUUUGAAGAUGAAGGAGAAAGAGAGAGAGAAAAACAGGAAGCAAUUAGCCAUCAGAACAGCUGGAUGUGAGCAGAUGUUCGUGAAUAAAUGAGAUGGAGAAUUUCGCUGGCAGGUUUGCAUUUAGCCGGGUGAACGUGGACUGCUCACUCACACACACACACACACUCACACUGACACACAAAUUGUUAAUAAUAACAACAUGGCUGUGGUCUUUCUCUCUCUAUUUACUCCUCGAUUUGUCCAGGAAGUGCAAAAAUGAAAUGCUAACUGGUUUAGGGUUGAUUUGCCCAGACUGAACAGUGACUGAAACCUUCCGCAUGUAGACACACAGCAAACAAACACACAGACAUGCACAGUCCUCACCCAGGUUUUAACCCUUAUCGUUGUUGUUGAUGUUGUUAUGGACCUCUAUGGUGCUGAUCUGAUCUGAUCCUUCACCUGACGCACACAAACGCACACACUUUGACAAAAGUCAUACUCACACACAUGCAAACACACAUAAUAAAACACGUCCACCAUCUCAAACACAGUACAGAACUGCCUAUACCCUUUCUUUGUCUUUUAUUCCUUCUUUUUAGUUUUAUUUUUCUUUCUUUUGUUGCAUAUUGUAUUGAAAAAUCGUAUAUAGAUUUACACACAAACACUUGUCUAUACCUCUCCUUUAAACUUUACCCAAUGAGAAACGAGAAAUGCACCCUACUGCUACUGUACCAUACAACUGUACUAUUGAAUAUUAAACUAUUCUCUCACUAGAUA